CAUACACUUAAGUCCCCACAAAGAGGCCUUCCUUUUUAUCUACCCUUCCUUCUCUUCAUCUUCAUCCCUUUAUUUCUUGCAUUCCAAACUAAACCCUUCCUAACAAUACCACUCGAUCACUUCUCCAUUAGACCAUCUUCUGUGUGUGUGUGUGUGUGUGUGUGUGUGUGUGUUUUUUCUUUUUAAGAAAAAACAAAGAGAUGAACAUAAGAGCAACGGUGCUAAUGGAAACAGCAACAACAACAACAACAACAGCAGCAGCAACAACAACAGCAACAACAGUAGUAGGAAAGGAAGAUCAAGAAGGAGAGUUAGGACAAGAAGAUGGAGGAAAGAAGAGACUGAGUUUAGGGUUGCAGAACAACCUGGAGUUAAGGUUAGGGAUAUCAAUGAACAAUAAUAAUGGAUUCCAAGAGAUGGAUAGGAGUAGUAUUAGAAGAAGCCAAGAAGGGCUUGUGUUGCAGAGGAAUAGUGGUCAUGAAGUUGGCACUGGAAUUGGAGUAGGAGGAGGAGGGUCAAAGAGAUCAUGGCUCUCAGACACUGCAGCAGCUUGUGGCUUUGUACAUCCAUGGAGCUUAGCUGCAAGGCAAGAGAAGGCUGCUCUUGAGCAAGCUCAUCAUAAGGCUUCUAUUCCUUCUACUUCUUCUCUCUCAAGAGUUAAUGGUCAUAGUGCACAAGCACAACCAGUGGUUGGGUGGCCACCGGUGAGGACAUUCAGAAGAAACUUGGCAGGAUCACAAGCAACAAAACAAGAGAUGGAGAGUGAGAAGGAAGCCAAAAAAGCAAAGUCAUUAAUGGAGAUGGAAAAGGUGGCAAACAACAUCAACCAUGUUCAAUCCAAACCCACAAUGUUUGUCAAGGUCAACAUGGAAGGCUAUGCUGUUGGGAGAAAGAUUGAUUUGAAGGCUCAUGACAGUUAUGAUUCCCUCUCCAAAUCCCUUCAAAAGAUGUUCCAAAACUUCUUAUCAGUGAAUAUUCAAGGCAUAAUAACCAAAGAGAAUGAGAGAGUUGAUGCAGUGAAGAAUAACUACAUACUUCUUUAUGCUUUAUUGAAUCUGUUUACCCCUAGUAUUGUCAUGUGCAUCGAAUUCUCAGUCGAUGCCCUAGGAAUAGCCAAUGUGACUACUCUAACUCGCUUAAUCCCUCCCUGUAGUGCUGCGAAUAAAAGUGUUGUUUAUUUGCUAGGACAACCCUCAAAUGCUAGUGAAAUUCCUGCUGAAUAA